AUGUCGCAUAUCGAAACACAGGUACUCCCUGUAGCUCAUACGUGGCAUGCGUCCAAGCCGACCGAUUUUGGUCUAGUAUUCGCGGACGCUACUGCUGCUUCGUCUCAGGAGCCGUACGAAUCGCUUGCUGUUUCCUUUACAUCUGAUGUCACCCGCUCAAGUUUGGAAAAAGCUGCCAGCCAUCUUCGGUCUGGACAACUAGUUGCUUUUCCCACAGAGACUGUGUACGGACUGGGUGCGUGUGCUCUGCGCACCGACGCAGCUGAGCGAAUUUACCAUGCUAAAAAUCGACCCGCCGACAACCCCUUGAUCGUGCAUGUCAGCGACCGACGAAUGUUAUCGAAGCUGCUUCCCAGCAAAUAUCCAUACAAUGCGGCAUGUGAGGCGCUUAUGAAGGCGUUUUGGCCAGGCCCUUUGACGCUACUUUUUCCUGUAGGCCUUGACGACCAAGGCCUUCCGCGGAUCCCAUCGACAGUGACAUGUGGACAAUCUACUGUCGGUCUUCGUAUGCCAUCGCAUCCUAUUGCCCGUGCGCUCAUCUCUCUUGCUGGGGUGCCCGUAGCCGCGCCAUCAGCCAACGCGUCAGGGCGCCCUUCUCCCACAACAGCCGGCCAUGUCUUCACCGACUUGGGCCCCCGGCAUGUACUUUCUUACAUUGUAGAUGGUGGUGAGUGCAGUAUUGGGUUGGAAAGCACGGUCGUGGAUGCGACGACGACACCUGGUGAAGUGCGUGUGCUCCGCCCAGGCGGUAUUUCUGUUGAACAAAUCGCUCAGGCCCUUGAGCAAGCAGGUCUUUCUUCGCUAUCGCUGCGUGUGUACGGCCGAGAUCUUGCGAGGAGUGCGCAGCAAGAAGCUGCACCUACAACUCCAGGAAUGAAGUAUCGCCACUACUCUCCCGAAGCACGUGUCCUAUUAGUGCGUAUCGACGACGGUGAGCAUCCCACCGUGCACGAAUUGCUUCGCGAUGUGGCAGCGUCUCGAGCCCAAGCUGAGCAGGAGGCACGCAUCGGCUUGCUAUGUGCACAUGACUCGCCACUCAUUCUUAGUCUGCCCGAUUCAGCUUUGACUCGCUGGGCAGCCGAUGCGACGCACGCUUCGUCGUCGUCAUUCACUGACAAGGCCGAGUCACGCCUGUCGCCUGUGGUCCAUGUAAAUGGCAUGAAGCUAUGUCUUUACUCCCUGGGGCGCCGAGACACACCUUCCGCCGCUGCGCAGCGCCUCUUUGAUGGCCUUCGGACACUUGAUGCUUGUGUUCCAUGGUGUGAUGGCAAGCCAGGCGCGUGUGAUGCCAUUAUUACUGAUGUGGUGGAUGAGAGCGGCGUCGGCCUCGCCAUCAUGAACCGGCUGCGCAAGGCAGCUAGUGCGACACUCUUCGCUCGUGCUGAUGCCGUUAGACCCAUUCAUAUUCCUAUGUAG